AUGGUCUACCACAGCUCUCAGUGGAUCGAGAAAACAAUUGAAAUUCCCAUGCACUCCGACCUGUCGCUCCUUAUCAUUCAAUUUGUCUUUAUGUUCAACAUACUGGUUGCGUUAUAUCCCCUUUUUCGACCGAAAGAUGAGAUGCCCGACAUUCCUCUUACCCCGACACAGCGGGCCCUUCUCGGGCUCAAUCCCUCGACGACCUCGUCGCCUACCCCGGCGACGUCUUAUGCAACCCCGCCAAAAUACAGAGUGUCUGGAUCAAGGACAGUUAGUCCAGCUAGUUUCUCCGGAUCGCCGUUGUCCGCGAGUGCGAGCGCCUCGAGCCUCCGAUUUUCGUCUAGCGCACCAUUUUCCGCGUCUACCAGCCCAUUACUCUACAAAAAGGUGCCAAAUGGAGGCAGAGAGAACGUACGCAGACCUAGUUUUGGGUCGUCUUCGCCUUUGCGGACCUCGUCUUUCAAGGAGUCGAUUGCUUUGCCAGCCACUCCUUCGCCGGCCGGGGCUUCGCCUUUGCGGGCCUCACCUUUCAAGGAGUCGAUUGCUUUGCCAGCCACGCCUUCGCCGGCCGGGGGAAAGCGGGGAAGCUUGGGGGUGAGCAACAAGUGGCUAUAUGAGCGGAGCAGGCGUUCAUCGAUCAGCAGUGGUAGUUAUUGA